UCUAUUUAAUUUUUUUUUGAAUUUUUCGGUUUCAAAUACACAGAGAGGAAGAUAAUAGAGUUUCUCUUGUCCACAAUCUCUCUCUUUCUCCCUCUCCCUCUCUGUCUCUCUCUCUACUUCUAGGUUUUUUUUUUUUUGUUGAUGAUGAACAAAGACAUGUUACUUCAUCAGCAUCACCAACCACAACAAGUACAACAUCAACAAGACGAGAAUAUGUCGAAUCUAACAUCAGCUUCUGGGGAUCAAGCAAGUGUCUCUUCAGGAAACAUAACCGAAGCAAGUGGUUCUAAUUAUUUCCCUCAUCAUCAGCAACUUCAAGAACAGCAACAGCAGUUCUUUGUUCCAGAUUCGCAGCCUCAAAAGAAGAGGAGAAACCAACCAGGGAAUCCAGACCCAGACUCAGAAGUGAUAGCUUUAUCACCAAAAACACUAAUGGCAACAAACAGAUUCGUGUGUGAGAUCUGCAACAAAGGUUUCCAAAGAGACCAGAAUCUACAGCUUCAUAGAAGAGGUCACAAUCUGCCAUGGAAGCUGAAACAAAGAUCCAACAAAGAAGUGAUAAGGAAGAAAGUGUAUGUAUGUCCAGAAGCAAGUUGUGUCCACCAUGAUCCAUCUAGAGCUCUCGGUGACUUAACCGGAAUCAAGAAGCACUUCUGCAGAAAACAUGGAGAGAAGAAGUGGAAAUGUGAUAAGUGUUCAAAGAAAUAUGCUGUUCAUUCAGAUUGCAAGGCUCAUUCUAAGACUUGUGGCACCAAAGAAUACAGAUGUGACUGUGGCACUCUCUUUUCUAGGAGGGAUAGUUUCAUAACUCAUAGAGCAUUUUGUGAAGCAUUGGCUGAAGAGACUGCAAGAGAAGUAGUAAUACCACAAAACCAAAAUAAUCAACCAAACCCUCUUUUGAUUCAUCAAUCUUCUUCUCAUCCUCAUCCUCAUCAUCAUCAAACACAACCAAACAUAAACGUCUCUUCUUCUUCAUCCUCCUCCCACAACCACAACAUCAUCAAUAGCCUUCACUUCGACACCAACAAUGGUACUAAUAAUAGCAACAGCAGCAACAACCAUCUCCAUACAUUUCCCAUGAAGAAAGAGCAACAAAGUAAUGACCAUAUCAUGAAUUACCACCAUAGUAUCCCUCCUUGGCUUGCUCCUCAGCCACACGAUCUCACAUCUUCAAACCCUAACCCUAGUAAUGGUGGAGGAGGAGGAAGUUUGUUCUCUCUGGCUUCUCCGGCUAUGUCAGCCACCGCAUUGCUCCAGAAAGCAGCCCAAAUGGGUUCUACAAAGACACCUCCUUUACCACCAACCACGGACUACGAAAGGUCAACUCGUAAUAACAACCUCACGACCACAAUGGCGGCGAUGAUGACGUCACCAUCUGGAUUCAUCAGCUCCAACAACAACAAUCAAGUUUUGUUUCAAGACUACAACGCAUCCGGGUUUGAUCAUCACGGCGGAGAAGAAGCAUUCGACGAUACAUUCGGCGGGUUCUUGAGAACAAGCGAAGCUACAACCGCCGCAGGAUCAGAGAAGAGUAAAAGCGGUGGAGGAGAAGGUUUGACGAGAGAUUUCUUGGGGCUAAGACCGUUAAUGUCUCAUAACGAGAUUCUAAGUUUUGCUGGUCUUGGAAAUUGCAUUAAUAGCUCUGCUUCAGAUCAGCUUCAUCCCAAGCCUUGGCAGGGUUAGUUAGUUUUUUUGCUCAUAAUAUUUUUAAAAUGAAUCUAUCUAAAUUUUUAAUAUGUGUAUAUAUUUAUAUAUGUAGUUUUGCAUAUCUAUAAUCUUUCUCUUGUUUUGUUCUUCGUUUUAUAAAUUUUAUAUGUUGAAUGCUCACCAAAGGAGAAUCAAAAAUUAUACAGAAAUUGUUACGUUUCGUCUU